AAAAAGAAAAAAGAAAAAAAGAGAAAUGAACGGGGCAGUUUGAGAACGGAGAGGGUGCUGCUCGAGAAUCGGGUUGUGAGAUUAGGGUUUUCAGGGUUUAGGCUGCACUUCAAACUCAAAAAUGAGCAAUCUUGAAGUGUGGGAUGGAACAAUCUCUCAAAAGGAUUUCUAUGUUGCUGCUAGAACCCUUGUUGAAAGAUGGAAACAAGUUAAUCCCAGUCUUCCCCAGUGGACAUGGAUUCCUAGUAAAUCCACACUUAUGGGUUCUUCUUGUAAGGAAGAAGGAUAUUUAUCACUAGAGAAUAUGUAUCAUAUUGAUCGGAAUGAGGAGUGUCUCAUUGUAGACAGCUUCUCCGAGAGAGAAGAGACCGAUGAUGUCGCUACAUUGGUUCAUAGCACCAGUAAUGAAACACAUAUUUAUGAUUUCCACAUUGUAUAUAGUUUUUCCUACCAGGUUCCAGUUCUCUACUUCCAUGGAUACCAAUCCGAUGGCCAGCCUUUAAAUUUAGAUGAGAUUGAGAAUGACCUUCCUCCUUCCUCUUCAAAAAUUCUAAGAGAAUCGAAAUGGACUUACAUGACCUUAGGGGAACAUCCAUAUUUGCGUCGGCCCUGGUACACAUUACACCCUUGUGCGACGAGUGAUUGGAUGAAGUUACUGCUUGGUGGCACGUCCAUGAAGGACCUUGACAUCUCGAGUUAUUUGCUGUCAUGGCUAUCGGUGGUCGGGCAGGCCGUUGGAUUGAGGAUCCCUCUUGAAUUGCAGCAAAGGAAAGAACGCGGGGAAAGCUUUUGGAAGAAGAGGAUGGAGGGAAGGAAGGAUUUGGGUUCGAUCCUGCCGUUCAUUCCGUUGAUCCAACGGUCGUCGGCACUCUUGUGGCCUUCUCCGGCGGAGGAGGCCCUCAAGGCACUCUCCCUCGGCCCUGACCUUAGCCGCGUGGACUCCGGCGAGGUCUUCUUCGACGCCAUUCUCGAUCUCAGGGAUGCCCUUGGCCUCUCCGAUGAUGUCUUGGCUUUUAAGGCCGCUAAUGGUUAUGCUCUCUUCUUCGAUAAGCUGAUGUCUAGGAUGGAUUCCAGGAUGUGGUUUGGUGAGGUUGUUCCGGGGCUAGCUAGACUGUUGUUGCGUUUGCCUUCUCUUCUAGAAACCCAUUAUCAGGAUUUGGUUGAAAAGUUUGAAGAACAAUCUGGCCUUCGCAUAAUGGGUCAGCAAGAAUCCGGCAUUGUUUUUCUCAGUCAGGAGUUGGUUGCAGCUCUGCUCACCUGUUCACUGUUCUGUUUGUUUCCAAUGCGUGCUAGGCAUGGCAAAGAUCUUCCAUCACCCAUCAACUUUGAUUAUCUCUUUGCAGCUCUUCAUGCCAAUACAAAACAGAGCCAGGAACAGAAAAUAAGGUGCCUUAUUCACUAUUUUGAGAGGGUAUGCUUGCGCAUGCCCACAGGUUACGUUUCUUUUGAGCGAAAAGUUCUUUCUGUGGAGCCUAGAUCUGACUGCAUGACAUAUCCAAAGGAUGAUUUUUGGAGGAAUUCUUCUAUUCUCUGCUCUUUUGAGGUCUUUCCUAAGGGGUUUAUUGAAGAUCAAAACCAUGAAGCUCUGGAGGUAGAUUUUGCUAAUGAAUUUUUAGGAGGAGGGGCUUUGGUUAGAGGUUGUGUGCAGGAAGAGAUCAGAUUCAUGAUCAAUCCAGAAUUAAUUGCUGGCAUGCUUUUCAUGGCUUCCAUGGAAGGGAAUGAGGCUAUCGAAAUUGUCGGUGCAGAAAGGUUUUCAUCUUAUAUAGGAUAUGGUUCUUCAUUUCGUUUUGUGGGUGAUUUCCUGGAUCAGAAGCCUUCUGAUUUAAUGGGCAGGAGAAAGACCAGGAUUGUUGCAAUAGAUGCUUUGGACCGUCCAAGAUUCAGACAAUAUACAGUUGAGGGCCUUCUUCGGGAGACCAACAAAGCCUUUUGUGGAUUUUCUGAUCAAUCAAAUUAUCCAUGCUAUCUUAAGAUUUUUCAAGGGAUUGGUUCUUCCAAAAACCUAUCACACCAGUACAGCAGGGAAGUUCACAACCAGCCUCCCGACAUUGUUACAGUCAGUAAUAGCACAUUUACUCUGCCUGAAGAAACCAAGUGUACAAAUGAUAUAGUUUAUGAAUAUCUAGACAUUGGCAUUGCGACCGGGAAUUGGGGUUGCGGAGCUUUCGGCGGGGAUCCUGAGAUCAAAAGUAUGAUCCAGUGGCUUGCAGCAUCACAGGCUUUGCGACCGUUCAUUCAUUACUAUACCUUCGGAGACGCGGCCUUGCAGAGAUUAGAACAGGUUACCAGAUGGAUAUUGUUGCAUGGAUGGACAGUGGGAGAUUUAUGGAGCAUUUUGAUGGAGUACUCAGCUCAAAGAUUAAACAGAGAAAUUAACAUUGGGUUCUUUAGCUGGCUUCUGCCUCGGCUCAAUCACAGUAUUGAAGAUUCUUCUUGAAAUGUCUAGAUAACUACUUCUAUUUGUGUAUUUUCUUAAAGAUAAAUAAACAAUUAUUCUAAUUUA